AAACUUUGUUGAAGGCUGUUUUUAAAUGUCUAAUAGUAUUUAAUAAGGUUUUUGUACGGUUUCUUUUGCUUCAAUUUAAAUUAGAAAUCUAAUAAUUGUUGCAUAUCUGCUAAACAAUGCCUUGUCCAUUUCUCUCAAAAUUGAAUACAGCAUACGUCCAAACGUAUGCCGUACUUCUACUGCAGUUAUAUAGUAAACAUUGUCCUGUUAUAUCCAGAAUAUUAUCAACAGCUGCUAAGAAUGACGACGAUUUUUUUGACUACGAUCAUUUCUUCAAUCAGCAAAUAAUUAAGAAAAAGAAGGAACAUUCCUACAGAGUAUUUAAAACCAUAAAUCGACUGGCAGGGCCAGGUGAGUUUCCCACAGCCAUAGAAUACUCCUAUAAACACGCUGAGAUAAUCGUUUGGUGUUCCAAUGACUAUUUAGGAAUGUCGUCCCAUCCUGAAGUUAAAGCAGCUGCCAGAGAAGCUCUGGAACUUUACGGAACUGGAGCUGGAGGUACUCGAAAUAUUUCGGGAAAUUCACUUCUUCAUGAACAGCUGGAACAUCGGCUUGCCCAGCUGCAUAACAAAGACUCUGCUUUACUGUUUACAUCUUGCUUUGUUGCUAAUGAUUCUACUUUGUGCACUAUAGCUCAAGCCUUACCAAAAUGUCAAAUCUUUUCUGAUUCUGGAAACCACUCAUCGAUGAUCCGUGGGAUUAUUAACAGCAGGGUACCAAAGCAUAUAUUUAGGCACAAUGAUCCGGUACAUUUAAAACAUUUGCUUGAAAGUGUGGAUCGAAGUAUUCCUAAAAUAGUAGUAUUUGAAACUGUACACUCAAUGUCUGGAGAUGUGGUUCCAUUGGAGGAAUUUUGUGAUAUUUCACACAAAUACGGUGCGCUUACUUUUGUCGAUGAAGUACACGCUGUUGGUUUGUACGGUGAACACGGUGCAGGAAUUGGAGAAAGAUAUGGUGUUAUGCACAAAAUGGACAUCAUAUCAGGUACACUAGGCAAAGCGUUUGGUACUAUGGGUGGCUAUAUAGCAAGCACUACUGCUCUAGUUGAUAUGGUAAGAUCAUACGCACCAGGCUUUAUAUUCACUACUGCACUACCUCCAGCGGUUGUUGUUGGUGCUCUUAAAUCUAUUGACAUUUUAUCCUCGCAAGAAGGAGCAAAUUUAAGACAGCAACAUCAAAGCAACGUCAAGUAUUUGAGAAACUUAUUAAUAGAUAAAGGUUUUCCCGUUGAACCUACUUCAAGCCAUAUGAUCCCCAUAAAAAUAAAAAAUCCUAUUAAAUGUAGUGCCAUUUGUGAUAUUUUACUCAAAGAAAAAGGGCACUAUAUUCAAGCUAUUAACUACCCUACAGUGGCUAAGGGAGAAGAACAAUUGAGACUAGCUCCAACACCUCAUCAUUCCAAAGAAUUAAUGGAACGGUUAGUGGAAGAUUUAAAUAAUGUAUGGUUAUUCUUAGGACUUUCCUUGGUUGACCAAAGCAAUAACACAAGCUCCUAGUACUGUAACUAAACAGAUAAGUAAUUCAAAAUAGUAGUUAGCGGAUUAUUCCAAAUACUUUCCUUUUAUACUCUUUAUCAAUACUACACCUUCACAAGAUUAAACCAAGAAA